CUGGUCCUACUGUUGGGUGAAAAUUGUGGAAGAAGGAGAAUGAGUGGAUUGACUUUCAGGUCAACAAAAGCCCAUUGGACAGCGAACCUCAGCCGGCCGUGCUCUCAUGGACCUACUGGGUUAUUCGUGCCGCCAAGCCCUCCUCUGGACCCUGAGAAGAUCAAGGAGUUACAGCGCUUCAUUACCCUUUCCAAGAAACUUCUAGUGAUUACUGGCGCAGGAAUCUCCACGGAGUCUGGGAUCCCAGACUACAGGUCGGAAAAGGUGGGUCUUUACGCCCGCACGGACCGGAGACCCAUCCAGCAUAUCGAUUUCAUACGCAGCGCUCCAGUUCGUCAGCGGUACUGGGCCAGAAACUUUGUGGGCUGGCCUCAGUUCUCCUCUCACCAACCCAACCCAGCACAUUGGGCCUUGAGCAACUGGGAGAAAUUGGGGAAGCUGCACUGGUUGGUGACUCAGAACGUGGAUGCUCUGCACUCUAAGGCGGGGAACCAGCGGCUGACAGAGCUCCAUGGAUGCAUGCACAGAGUCCUGUGCCUGAGCUGUGGGGAACAGACUUCCCGCAGGGUACUGCAGGAACGCUUCCAAGUCCUGAACCCCAGCUGGAGCGCUGAGGCGCAGGGCGUGGCCCCCGACGGUGAUGUGUUCCUCACUGAGGAACAGGUCCGGAGCUUUCAGGUCCCGUCCUGUGAUCGGUGCGGAGGUCCGCUGAAACCAGAUGUUGUUUUCUUUGGGGACACAGUGAACCCAGACAAGGUUGACUUUGUGCACAGGCGCGUGAAAGAGGCUGAUUCGCUACUGGUGGUCGGAUCGUCCCUGCAGGUGUACUCUGGUUACCGGUUCAUCCUCACUGCCCGGGAGAAGAAGCUUCCUAUUGCCAUUCUGAACAUUGGACCCACUAGGUCAGAUGACUUGGCCUGCCUGAAGCUGGAUUCCCGCUGCGGAGAGUUGCUGCCUUUAAUAGAUCCACAGUGACCGAGGUCUGGUGCUCAGAGUCUGGGAAUGGAGUUCCUGUUGAGUCCUGCUGCUAAAGAAACAACACAACACAAGAUGUCCCUGGUGUGCACUGCUUUUGCAGAGGACUAGAGCCCAUUUCCCAGCUGGUGGCUCACAGCUGCCUGAACUCCAGUUCCAGGGGAGUCCAACAUCCUCUUCGGAACUCUUUGAGAUGCCGAAAGUUUCUUCCUUUGCCUUCAAACUAAUGGAAGCUGACUACGCCCUAUAGAGGGCACAAAGCAAUGUCUGCAGGCCAGUCCACCAGUGCACACCCCCGUUUACAGACAGCUGUCAGAGUCCUCGUGCAGAUGAGAGCUGCCCUCCUAAGAAGGACUUUAAAGAAGCAGCUGUUCUUGACAGCACAACUGUGCCACCUUCCUUUUCAUCCCACUGGGAAGAAGGAACACCUGGGAAGUCCAUGAGCCAGCGUGGUCUGUGGAGGCCACCAUUCAGACCUCACUAAUUCAGGGAAGAACCAGAAGGGCAUCUAUAAUUGACUUCUAAUUCCACAUGGUUCUGUCUGACUGAAGCACUUUGAUAUUUUAACAGCAUGAGCAACAGCACAAUGAAAUUUUAUUAACCAAACAAUAAAUUAUUUUAAAUAGCGUA